AUGAGCCAUUCACCACCCCAUGUAAGACACAGUCCCGUCCUGUCUGCCCAGCCCACCAAAGGAAUCCUCAAGCGACCAGCUGCUCAACAGGGACAGGAAGAACGCGCUCCUCGACUGAAGUGGGACGAGGAGAACUUGACGAUAACAGAGGCGCAAAAGGAUUCGACUAUGAAGAUUGACGAGCCCAAGACACCUUAUGUUCAUUACGACCACGAGCUGGAUAAAGUUAUCGACUUCGAUGACGAUUCGUUUUCAUUGGAUGGGAAAAAGAAGAAGCAUGCAGCGUUGGCUCAUACGCCGCCUGUGCCGUCGUACAUGGAGGAUUUUAAGGGCGAGGACGACGAUGGCGAUAAUGACGAUGAGGAGGACCCUGACGAGUGGGAUUCUGAGGAAGAUGACGAUGAUGAGCCACCAUCAAAGACGAUUGACCAUGACAAGUUUGCAAAGAUGCGGGCGGAACACUAUCACAUGAAGCAGGCACUGCAAUUAGGACACAAGCUGGCAGAGGAAGAAUUGAACGCGCUGGACAGUCCACCCAUUAGUGCAGGACCUGUGCCACCCUUACCCUCGUUUGCAUUUAAGUCGAACCAGGCCAUCAAAGGAAAGCAAUCAAACAAGGAUUCUGACGUCCACAUGUCCUAG